GGUCCCACCGCAUGGCGACCUCGGCUGUGGCCUCUUCUCCGCCCCUGGCACCGGGAGCUCCGCUCUCCUUCAGUGAGGCCUGUUCCCUCAUCCAGAGCCCGCACUCCUGCCUGGUGCUGGACACCUGCCGGCGGCACCUCGCCCUUUGCCCGCUUUACCUGAACCGCAAGCGGAGCGGCAUCGAGAGGCAACUCAAGACCGAGCUGCUCCGCUUCUCAGAGAGAUCCCAUCAGUGCUGUUCCUUUGUCCCAGAAGAUGUGUUUGAUGUCCCAGCCAAAACUGGUGAAACUCCUAUUGGUCUGCAGGGUGUCCCAGUUGCAUAUGACAAGGUCAGAUUAAUUGGUGCGUUAGGUGACAUCUAUGAUGACCAAGGAUAUAUACAUCUCAACAUUGAAGCAGACUUUGUUAUCUUCAGGCCCAAAAUUGGACAGAAGCUGAUGGGCACUGUGAAUAAAGUUGCUCCAAGUCAUAUUGGUUGCCUGGUGCAUGGGUGUUUUAAUGCUUCGAUUCCCAAGCCACAUCAUGCAAAUGGAAUCUGGCCAGGCUUUGCAGUAACAGUAGGAGAUAUUCUGGAGUUUGAAGUUGUGCAGCUGGAUGCUGAUGCUGCUGGUGUACUGUGCAUUCGAGGACAAUUGGAUAAAAGUGUGCAGGCACCAUAUGGUGCAGAUUUUGAAGAACCGCUGGAAGAGGACUGUGUUGAACAAGAUGGUGGUAUAGCUGGGAAGAAGAAGAAAAAGAAAAAACAGAAGGAUGAAGAAUGUGAAGAGAUAGCUGAACAGGCUGUAGACUGCACAAGUUCAGAAAAGAGUCCUACCAAACACGAAAUGGUAAAUCUUGAAGAGAUUUUAGACAGUAAAUCCAAAAAGAGAAAGCGAAGGACUGAGGAAUCAAAUACAGACACAGAAAUCCAUGAAAGGGAUGGCAAUGAUUACCAUAAUUACAACAAACCAAUUAGAAAGAAAAGAAAAUUUUCUGAGAGUGAAUCAGAGACCACCGAUUGUGCACAAGAAUCAAAACACAAAAAGAGAAGAAAAUGUGAUUAGGAAAACUAAUAUCCAUAAAAUGCCUGACUUGAACUGCUGCAGAGAUUCUUCAGCACCUUCUUGAAAAUGUGGGAAGGAAGGUGAUUUUGUUCUGAAGAGCAGGGAAUUUUGAUGGAAUGCUGUUUGUUAUGUUGUCACAUAACAUAAUUUGGAACUUCUUGUUUGAUGUGCAGUUGCAGGAUUGUCUUACUAGCCUGUUUGUCAACAUUUGUAAGGGCCUAAUACACCAUUUAUGUAUUGCAUCUGCUUGCUAUUACAAAAGCUAAAUGCUGUGACUGCUGGAAAUCUGAAAUGAAACAAAAUGCUGGAAAUAUUCAUUUCUGCAGCAUCUGUGGAGAGACACACAAGUUAAUUCUUUAAACCAAUGAUCCUGCAUCAGAAAGAUCAUUGACUUCAUAAUUUCAAGCAAGUGAGACCAAAUGUACUUACAAAUGUUGGAACUACGCCCUGUUGGUAAUUAUAUAAUAAAUCUGCAUUUUUCCAUGCAGAAGAUUUGUGACACUCACUCUUGUCAUGAUAAAAGCACAAAAUGCUGGAAACACUCAGCAGGUCAGGCGGCAUCUAGGGAACCUCAGUUCUGAUUAUGGUUCUUUGACCUUAAAUUUUAAGUCUGUUUCUUUCCACAGAGGCUGCCUGCUCAGUGAGUGUUUCCAACAUUAUUUUGGAUUUAUUUUGAUUUUCACUCAUUGUCAUAUUGUUCACUUGUACAAGGUAAAAAUGCUGUGCGAAAACAAAUUGAUUAUCAUAUGUAAUAUUUUUGUUGCAGUUUUUUUUAAUUACAAAUAAAGUAACACUUAGUUUGGACUGCAAGUUUAAAGUCAAAUAUUAAGAAUUAAUAUAUAUUAGUUUGUAACUAGAAUAAAAUUCUCAAAGCAACUGUCCUUACUUAAAAAUUGUAGCUUUGCACCAUUUAAAUAUUUUAAGUAUCUAAAUUUAUGAUCUGUGUAAAAACAGGUAAUUUAUCAUCCAUACUUUAUAGCUUCCUCUUUAAAAGUUGUCUGAGGUGGCUUCUAAUGGCAAAUUAUCCAAUAGUAUUGACCAGUUGUUCUGAACCCACUGCACAUUAUUGAAUGUAGUAUUUAAUUAAUAUUUAUCCUGUUUUCUUCCACUAUCUCAAUAUUCACAAGAAGAUUCUUUUUUUAACAUUGGCACAUGAUGCUCAUCUUUGCAAUCAACAAAGAAAUCAUCAUUACACCUCAGAUGAUAUUGUCUAAUGGGAACCACCUUUACAUGAGAAUUUCUUCUCUUCCCUAUUUUUAAAGUGCUUUUAAAAUCCUGGUUGAGAUUUUGUAUUGUUAUUUGCUCAUGUAUGCUCUUUCAUGUUCAGUGAAAUCAUUGAGUUAUGUACAUUGUGGCCUUUUCCUCAUUUACUGUUGAUUGCAUCCAUAUGUACUGAGUUUUUAAGCCAAAAAUGAAACAAAAGAACUUGCAGCUUUGCUGCUCAUUGAAUACGUUGGAUCUAAAUAUGUUAUAGGAAGCAUUUUUUAUUCUCACUCCAUUGACACCUGUAGCCAAUACCACAGCCAACUCUAAAGCUCAAAAUGUAACCCAAGUUAGAGAAAUUGAAGUCAGGUGAAUCAGCAUGAUUUGCUCCAUUCCUAAGGCAAUUAGUUUUCUAUUCCUAUUAGGCCCAAGGUUUAAUUGUAAUUUUGGUCUGUUGUGCUGUAAGAAAGCAGUGAAUGUAAAAGAAAAUCAUGACGUGCACCUUGGUGAUGUUGAGCCACCAUGUUUGAUCAAAUGUCUAGAGAGUAUUAGCUAUAAGGAGAGGUUGGACAAACUUGGAUUGUCCUCUCUGGAGUGUUGGAGGCUGAGCGGUUUAUAAAAUUAUGAAAGGCAUAGAAAUGGUAGAUAGAAGCUUUUUCCUAAAAUGGAAAUGUUAAGUACUAGAGGACAUAGCUUUAAGGUGAGAGGGAGAAAGUUUAAAGGAGAUGUGUAGGGUAAA